AUGGUACUGAGUCGUGAGGUGGGGAUGAUGAGGAGUCCGGCAGAGGUUGGGCGGAGGGUGCGGGAGGGGGUGUUCCUGAAGGAGGUCACAGAGUUUCGUGCUCGGCGCGGUACUGGUUACCGCCAUUGUGUGCGGAGAUGGCCAACUUCGGAGCUGACCCAGCGCAGCUUCAAGUUGGUCACUCCAGCUCAGCAUCCGGAGAAGCAGCACGUGUUCGUCGUUGGAGACUCCCACCUGCGCGCCAUCGUGGACGGGUUCGUGGCCAUCCUGGAGGGCUGUCUGUCUUUUGGUUUUCUGUCUGUUCCAGGUGCAGACGCCAGGGAGCUGAGGACGGAGGUGCUGCGUGCUGCUGUUCCGUGGACCCCGGAUGCUGUGUGUGUGCUCGCCCCGAGCAACAACCUCACUGCCAGCAGGACCAUCAGUGAGGCGGCGUUGGACUUCGGUGCGCUCCUGGCCACCGUCUGCAGCCGCUGGCCCAAGGUCUUUGUGUUGGACUUCCCUCCCCGUCUGACCAUGGACCUUGGCUUCCAAAAGCAGCUGCGUCAGGAAUACCACCAUGUCGCAGCACGCAUGGGUCUUCCCUACGUGUCUGUGACGGCGCACUUCCCAGUCCAUCGGUUGGAGCUGUGGUGCCAUGAUGGCGUGCACCUCACCGACUCCGAUGGCAUGCCCAUCCUGGUGCAGCUGCUGUGGAACGUGGCCUACCUCCAGCUGGCACCCCCUCCACCCGCGCCCCCGGUGUCUCCCCGGAGAUCGCCGGGUGGCCAGGUGUCCCCCAAUCUGGUCGUGACGGGGCACGUUCCCGUGCCGCGUCACAGUGACCCCAGCGAGUGGGCGGUGGUUGGACGGCAGGGUGGAUGGCAGGGCAAG